AGCGAUAUCAAACGGUUAGAGAGAGGCGGAAGAAAUUGUAAAAUCGACGAAGAAUAUUUUCUCAUCUCGGCGACGGCGCCUCCCGCAAGCUCGAGCGCCGCCGUGGCCGACCAGGCUUCGCGCCCCUUUCUCCCGCCGCCCGCCGCCGAUAGCUCGCCCGCCGCCCCCAAUUUCGUCGCGUCGGAUCCAGACGCCACCCGCGCGCGGAAGGCAUGAAGAAGUACGGCUUGCAGCUGCGGGCGCCGCCGUCGCAGCAGCAGAAGAAGCAGCCGACCCGGCCGCCGCUGCCCCCUCCGGCGGGAUUCCGCGACGACGACGACGACGGCGUCGAGAGUGAGAUCGCGCGCCAGUCUGUUAAGAACAGGGCCCUCAGAGAAAUUGAGGAACAGCACAAGAAAGCGUUGGAGGAGGAUCCGUCGGUCUUCGAUUAUGACGGCGUCUAUGAUGACAUGAAGGCGAAGAUUGCUCAACCUCGAGCCAUGGAUCGCGAAGAAAGGAAGCCUAAAUACAUCCAGAAACUGCUUCAAAAGGCAGAACAACGACAGAGGGAACAGGAAAUAGUAUAUGAGAGAAAGCUGGCUAAAGAGAGGAGCAAAGAAGAUCACCUCUAUGCUGACAAGGACAAAUUCGUGACGGGUGCUUAUAAAAGGAAACUUGCAGAGCAAGCAAAAUGGAUGGAGGAGGAGCGGCUACGGCAAAUUCGAGAAGAGAAAGAUGAUGUAACCAAGAAGAAAGACUUGACUGACUUCUAUGUCAAUCUUGAGAAAAAUGUUGCGUUUGGUGCUAGUGCACCCGAGUCAAGAAAAAUGGAGAAGCAUGCCGAGUCGAAGAAGCCUGAGAAGCAUGUUGAGUUACAAAAGCCUGAGAAGCAUGUUGAGUUGCAAAAGCCUGAGAAGCACGAAGAGAAAAUGAAUGUCAAUAUUUCUGGGGAAGGUUCUUCAUUUAUCACCACAUACUCUGAUGCAGAACCUUCUAGAAUGCCAGAGGGGCUUCAAGCUGAAGCUUCUCCUGACUCUAAGAAGAGUUUUGAAGCUAUCCAUGAGAAACAGGCUACUGAUGCUUCUGCUCAAGAAAAACCUGAACCAUCUUCCUCCAAUAAACCACUGCCUGACCAUCAUAAAAGAAGUCAGGAUGCUCUUGCUGCGGCUAAAGAACGCUUCUUGGCACGGAAGAAGACUAAAGAACAAUGAUGGCUUGAGCAAUUUCCAGCUCUCUCAGUGGAGCAACGCUUGGGGGUUUUGUGUAUGUUUCUAACGUGACUUUCAGUCAGUAUACAACUGAUCAUGCGUGUUCUUCCAUGUUGGCUCAUUAUCCUGGUGUUUAAUUUCACCUCGAACCAUUGCUUUUGGCAUGGAAAAGGGUUACCCCAAGGAGCCCAUAAAUUAAUUGUCUUCUUGGCAGCUGCUGAGGCCUUCAGUAGAGUCUGUACUGUGUAGAAACAUGUUCCAGUCGAGAGUGUGGCAAACCCUCUGAAGUGGGUAUCUGUUAUACAAUCCUAGGAAUAUCGGUGGUAACCGAUUAAUUCUUCAAAAGAAGAGUUUUGAGUUCUUUGAUUCA